AUGGGGCGGGGGCAAAGGCUGCCCAGAAUAGUAGUCGCGCUCUUCUUUCACGCGAGGCCCUCACAGAGAAGCAAUAGUAGGCCGAUGAAAGCGUACGGCCAUAAGGGGCGCCCAAUGCCGGCGAGCCUUGCGUUCCAGGACGAGAAACGAGCGGACGAGGUUAGGACUCAAUAUAACAAGCUGAAGCCAUUGCCACCAAAAUCUCUCAACCCAAGCGGAAAAAAGUGCCUCAUCAAGUCUCCUUCUACUUCGCCAACCCAUGUCAAAGCCCUUACUAACUGCAAGCUCUACAGGCUCUCCAUGGUCGUUCCCCUUUACAUCGGCGAAAUCUCUCCCCCCGAAAUCCGCGGCUCCCUCCUCGUCUUCGAAUCUCUCUUUGUCGUCCUCGGCAUCGUCAUCGCCUUCUGGAUCACAUACUCGACAAAAGACAUGAGCAGCCACUGGUCCUGGCAACUUCCCUUCCUUAUCCAAAUCUUCCCAGGCAUAAUCCUCGGCUUCGGUGCUAUCUUCCUCCCCUUUUCUCCACGCUGGCUCGCCUCUAAGGGUCGUGAAGAGGAAGCAUUGGAGAACCUCGUCAAGCUUCGAAGACUUCCAGAGAGUGAUCGCCGUGUUAAGAGGGAGUGGAUCGAGAUUAUCGCCGAGGCUCGUUUCCAAACCGGCGUUCUUGCCGGGAGGCAUCCUCUCCUUACAUCUCCCGAGAACAAGACUGUGUCGAGUACCAUCAAGCUGGAGAUUGUCAGCUGGGCCGACUGCUUCAAGGCCGGCUGCUGGCGACGCACCCUCGUAGGUGCCGGGCUCAUGUUCUUCCAGCAAUUCAUCGGAAUCAACGCCUUGAUCUACUACUCACCCACGCUCUUUGGAACCAUGGGCUUGGAUCUCAACAUGCAGCUCAUCAUGUCUGGUGUGUUGAAUAUUAUCCAACUCGUCGGUGUUUUCACUAGCUUGUGGACUUUGGACCGCUUCGGCCGAAAGACAAUUCUGCUUAUCGGUAGUGUCUUGACUGUCAUUCCUCUGGUCAUCAUCGCAGUUACCGUUGGACUCUUUUCUGAUAGUUGGCCUACUCACCGCGCCGAAGGAUGGACCAGCGUUGCCUUUUUGCUAUUUUACAUGCUCGUCUUUGGCGGUUCUUGGGCUCCUACUCCUUGGGCUGUCCCUGCCGAGGUUUUCCCCUCUAGCCUUCGUGCCAAGGGUGUCGCCAUCUCUACCUGCUCAAACUGGAUCAACAACUUCAUCAUCGGCCUCAUCACCCCUCCACUCGUCCAAGCCACCGGCUUCGGAGCCUACGUGUUCUUCGCCGUUUUCGGUCUUCUAUCCUUUGUCUUUGUGUGGUUCUGCGUGCCCGAGACACGAGGCAAGACCCUUGAGGAGAUGGACACUGUGUUCGGAGAUCGCAGCGGUGGGGAUGAUAAUGCCAAGAAGGAGCAUGUCCUCCGAGAGGUAUAUAACGAAAAGAUGAGUGGUGUCUCCACACCCAAGGAAUAG